AUGACUUUUGGAGAAAGAUAUUUGCGUGAACCCACUCCUGAAGAUGUUCAGAGGUUGCUAGAUGAGAAUCCGGAACGAGGUUUUCCUGGAAUGCUUGGUAGUGUUGAUUGUAUGCAGUGGCCAUGGAAGAAUUGUCCGGUAGCUUGGCAAGGAACUUACCGGGGAUCAAACAACGAUUUCAAUGUGUUGGCACACUCACCUCUUUUUGAUAACAUGCUAAAGGGUGUAGCACCUCCAUGCAAUUAUGUCAUCAAUUUUCACCAAUACCAUAUGGGUUAUUUCUUAGCCUAUGGUAUAUAUCCAAAGUUGACUACAAUUGUACAAGCUUUUUGUCAGACAUUGGAAAUUCCCGAGUAUGUGAGAUUCAACAAGUAUCAAAUGGCUAAAAGAAAGGAUGUCGAGCGUGCUUUUGGAGUGCUUAAGGGUAAAUUCAGAAUUUUCGUAUCACCAUGUAAGUAUUGGCAACAAUCUGACUUGAACCUAAUUAUGAAAUGUUGUCUUAUUUUACACAACAUGAUUAUCGAGCAUGAACGUCGGGAUACAGAUUGGGGCAGAGUUGUUCCUGUUCUGAUUCCGGAACCUACCAAUAAUGGUCGUGUAUUUAUGUCAUCUCUGAAAACCUAG